ACGUGCACACAUAAACACAUUGACACACACAUACACAAACACAGCUGUUGACAAAGUUGUUGACUGUAUUUUCUGUCAUAUCACGCCGAAAAUUCAACAGAGAGAACGAGAGAACGAGAGAAGAGAGCAUGUUGUCAAGCGGCAGUGACAAAUUUUAUCCAACAAUGAAGUGCGAAAUGUGCCCGAAAAUAGUUGCAAACUUUGUGUUCGGUCUAUGCGAACGAUGCGUCGCCAUUUGGACCAGUCAACGAAACGUGGAGGAUUUGCACAUAACAAUGGACAAUGUGAAUGCGAUUCUCGUUGAAAUGGCGCAGGACAAGAAAAAAUACUACGACGAUAUGGAUCAAACAUUUCGACGAUUUCUCGAGGACCAGAUGCGACGACGUAAAAAGAAAGUUGAUCUCUUUCAGAAUAUGCGCGAGAACUUUCAAACAUCACUCAUAAUGACAAAUAAGCGCACAGUCUGCAGGUUACCCUUUAAAACGGAAGACAAUUAUUGGGAACUGAAAGACUGCAAAUGCGAAAAACUUUUUGAAAUUCCGCCAGACGGGUUGCGAUCCAUUCACAGCGAAUAUAUUACGGAUUUCAACUAAAUAUUGUUUUAUUUAUUUCGAAUUUUCGACAAUUUUUUCUAUCAUUUCGAUUGAUUUAUUGUCGCCAAUUGACAUUUGGCCAUGUUUUAUACAAAAAAAACAAUCAGUCGCUGCAGUUGUCAUAUCGAGCCAUGGCAAUAAAUUUUACAGGGUGCAGGAUCUGGGUUGAAAACCAAUUGAAGCAAAGUGAUUGCAUUUGCAACCAAACAACCGACAACGGACAACGCACUGAAGCACAGCCUGUUGAUGUCCUUGGGGACUCGUGUACAUUUUGGUAAUGAAAAUGUUUAUUCAAACUUGCGUCAAUGGC